AUGGUAAAUUCAUCAUGUAGGAUAAUAAUAUUAACAAUAAAUUCUUCAGAAGAAAAUAAUCCAUGUUUAAAUAAUUUAAAUAAAUUUUACAAUAAAUCAUCAAUAUGUUUAUUUAUUGAUGAAGAAAAUAAUCAUUUGUGGUGUUCCGGCUACUACGGACACUGGAAAAAUAAUUCAACGUCAAUUAAAAGUCUGACAAUAUGUAAUUGGCCAGAAUUAUCUCUAAACCCUGAAGAACUUGUAUCAAACUUUCCAAAUAUAAAAAACUUGAUAAUAGCAAACAGCAACUUGACAAAUUUCUCAUCAACUUUUUCACCCGCAAAAUAUCUCGAGAAACUUCAAAUUUCCGAAACACACCUGGAAAUUUUUCCUAAAGAUGCAUUUAAAAGUUUGACAAGACUUAGAAUUUUAGAUUUAAGAAAUAAUUCUCUGGCUAAAAUUGAUCCAAAUGAAUUAAAUGAAAUGAUGAUGCUCCAUCACAUUUAUCUUGCUGGAAAUCCAUGGAAAUGUAAUGACAAGUCAAUGACAUGGAUAUUAAAUAUGACAAGUGGUUCAUUAUCGAGACGUAUUGUUGAUCGUGACAAGUUACACUGUUCAAUUCCCUUUGAAGGUCGUCCACUUGUUUCAGUCAUUGAAAUAAUAAUGCAACUUGAGGAAGAAUGUAAAUUGACAAUUUGUGAAUGUGAAUUAGUCUAUGUUGUUGGAAGAAUUGGAAGACAAACGACAAAACAAUUAAUGGCUUUUUCAUCAGUUAAUUGUAGUCAUAGAAAUUUAACUGAAAUGCCAAAAUUUAUACCAACAAAUGUUACAACUCUUAGGCUUGAUGGAAAUAAGAUAUCUGAUUUAACACCACUAGUGACAAAUCAAGUUUAUCGUCAAGUACUAGAUCUUUAUUUAGAUAAUAAUGUCAUUGAAUCCAUCAAUCAAUUAGAAAGUUCUUAUUGGCUUGAAAAUUUUCGUGUUUUUAGUUUACGGGGAAAUAAAUUGACUGACCUACCGACAUAUGCACUGGAAAAUGUCUUGUUACAAAGUGGCAAUGCUGUUAGUAUUUACCUCGGUGAUAAUCCUUGGACAUGUGAUUGUUUAUUCACACCUGGUUUUCAAGAUUUAUUAAUUAGCUAUACAAGUCUUGUGAAAGAUAUUCAUGAUGUAAAAUGUCAUACUGGUCAUAUUGAUGUUUUGAAUAAACCAAUAAGAGACUUAACACGUACACAAAUAUGUAUUACAAAUGAUGGUGAAUAUUUUAUAAAACCAAUUGAUAUGUUAAAUAUUUUUUUAGCAAGUAUGAUUAUACUUAUACUUGGUAAAGUUAUUUAUGAUUAUUGGUCGUUUAAAAAAACCGGUAAAUUACCUUGGCUUGUUGCCAAAAUGCCAUGAAUUUUAAUAACAUUUUUUAAAUUAUAAAAACAGUAUAAUUUUAUC